AAACUAGGUCAACGCAAGCAUGUCGGUCUCGGAGAAACCAAAUCCUAACAACCCCGUUGUUUUCUUUGAUAUAACUGUCGGAAAUACGGAAAUUGGACGCGUUAAAUUUGAGCUGUUUGCUGAUGUUGUCCCCAAGACGGCUGAAAAUUUCAGGCAGCUCUGUACAGGAGAGUAUAGAAGGGAUGGAGUCCCCAUAGGAUAUAAAGGCUGCUCAUUUCACAGAGUAAUCAAAGAUUUCAUGGUGCAAGGAGGAGACUUCGUAAAUGGAGAUGGAACGGGUGUAUGUAGCAUCUAUGGCAGCUCAUUUGCAGAUGAAAACUUCAAAUUAAAACAUGUAGGGGCAGGUUAUUUAUCAAUGGCAAACAGUGGCACAGACACCAAUGGCUGUCAGUUUUUUAUCACCUGUACCAAGUGUGACUUUUUGGAUGGAAAACAUGUUGUAUUUGGUAGAAUAAUUGAUGGACUUCUUGUACUAAGAAAGAUAGAGAAUGUCCCCACGGGACCAAACAACAAGCCUAAAAUUCCAGUUCAAAUUUCUCAAUGUGGAGAAAUGUGAGGGAGUUACAAGAGACAGUGGAGUGUUUUAAUUAGAUCAGUGACCCAUAUACAGAUCUUUGUAGGUCAGUGACCCAUAUAGAUGUAUAUCUAGGUCAUUGUGAAGGCCGGUCAUUCCCAGAAAGGGGUGACUAUUCACAGCUUGGGACAGAGCUGAGUAAAUUCAUUUCAGCAUCAGCAGGCAAUUGACUCAGAGCUGUAAAAUGUGAAAUGGACAGUAGUUGCAGAAAUACCGUAGCUUCAAGUGUCAAAACUAAAAGGUAGCUAUGGACUCUGCAGGAGUUAGCUGGAUUUAAUGCAAUGUGAAUUAGAUGAGACAGUGAUGGAAGCAUUCAAUGACUGUGGAACCUUAUUAGAAAUUUUAUAGAAAAUAAAA